AUGGCUACCAAAAUGUUCACAAGGCCUUUGUCGUCGGCCUUCCGACAGACAGCUCGCCCAGCAACAUUCGCCUCCAGAUUCUCCCAACCACGAUUCUCACCUAUAGUUUCACGUUUCCUAUCGACGGAAGUGAAAGCUGCGAUCGAUAAAGCUGUCAGCUCGGCGCCGGUAGUUCUGUUCAUGAAGGGUACACCCGAGACGCCACAGUGCGGAUUCUCGAGGGCUAGCAUUCAGAUUUUGGGCCUGCAGGGUGUGGAUCCAGCGAAGUUUACUGCGUUUAAUGUGCUGGAGGAUGAGGCGUUAAGAGCGGGUAUCAAGGAAUACUCGGAAUGGCCCACGAUACCGCAGCUGUAUGUCGAGAAGGAGUUCGUUGGUGGAUGUGAUAUCCUGGUGGCGAUGCAUCAGAAUGGAGAGUUGGCGAAGCUGUUGGAGGAGAAGAAGGUGUUGGUUCCGGCGGAGAGUGAGCCUUCGAAGUAG